AACUACUAGUAGAUACUGUUAUCAGUACUUGCAGUAUUUGUAGUGGCUUACCGAAAUCAAAUCAAAAUAUAUUCAUGCACUGAGUAAAAUAGUAGUGAAAAACUUAAAAAUGUUAUACUGUUCAGUCAUAUUCAAGCAAACAGUGGACGUAUACGCAAAUGGAUUCAAGUGGCAUAGUUCCGGAUAUUAUUGACAAUAAGCCAAAAGGCUUACUACAGGUGACUUCCAAAGUCACUUAUCCAAGUGGUGUUAAAGUAGAACUUGGUAAAGAACUGACCCCCACUCAGGUAAAGGAUCAACCAACAGUGAGUUGGGAGGCGGAAGAUGAUGCUCUAUAUACUUUGUUUAUGGUAGACCCCGAUGCACCAUCACGUGCCGAACCAAUUUAUCGCGAAAUUUUACACUGGUUGGUUAUUAAUAUUCCAGGCAAUAAAUUAUCGGAAGGUCAAACUGUUGCGGAAUAUAGGGGUUCUGGUCCACCAGAAGGCAGUGGCUUGCACCGUUAUGUUUUUUUAGUCUUCAAGCAACCGGGCAAGAUUGAAAGUACAAAAUUCAUACCUAAAACGUCUCGUGAAGGUCGUGUAAAGGUGACGACAAGAGAUUCCAUUGCAAAAUAUAAUUUGGGUGAUCCAAUCGCUGGAAACUUUUAUCAGGCGCAAUACGAUGAUUAUGUGCCGGUAUUAAGAGAACAAACUGUUAACUACUCAUGCACUGAUUUAAGUAGUAGUUAUGAGAGUUUUGUUAUACUGAUAUUUAGUCAUAUUCAAGUAAGCAGUGGAGGUGGACGCAAAAUGAUUUCAAGUGGUAUAAUUCCGGACAUCAUUGACACCAGACCUAAAGGUCUAGUGCAGAUUAAUUAUCCAAGUGGUGUAAAAGUAGAAUCUGGUAAGGAAUUGACCCCCACUCAGGUGAAGGAUCAGCCCACAGUCAGUUGGGAGGCGGAAGAUGACGCUCUGUAUACUUUGUUUAUGGUAGACCCCGAUGCUCCAUCACGUGCCAACCCAACUAAUCGGGAAUUUUUACACUGGCUGGUUAUUAAUAUUCCAGGCAAUAAAGUAGCUGAAGGUCAAGCCGUGGCAGAAUAUAUUGGCUCUGGUCCCCCAGAGGGCAGUGGCUUGCACCGUUAUGUUUUCUUAGUAUUCAAGCAGGCGGGCAAAAUUGAAAGUACAAAAUUCAUUCGGAAAACGUCGCGUGAAGGUCGCGUUAGAACGAACACAAGAGAUUUCAUUGCAAAAUAUAAUUUAGGUGAUCCUAUCGCUGGAAACUUUUAUCAGGCGCAAUACGAUGAUUAUGUGCCGAUAUUAAAAUCACAAAUUAUUAACUAAUUGCAAAAACAAAUAAUUAUAAAAUAUUUAUUUCUUAUUUUAUUUAUAAACAUGAACUUGAGGUAUACAUACAUAAGUACUAGAUAUUGGUACUAUCGGUAAAAAAAAUAAAUUUUCAAUAUCUAAACCGAA